CAGAGAGGGACACAUUACGGGACAAUAAUGGUCAAACUGCCGAAUUUGACGCGCCGGAGGGCGACUAUAGACGUAACGGACAACGUAGAAACGGUCUGCGGUGAAGUGGCUAAAAAAGCUGUGAGUGAUGGGAAGAAGUUCAGACCCAAGAUUAAACUUCCGUUCAGAGGUCGCCGAGGAACCGGAGCAGCAGGGUGUGCCGUAGACGCUGUUCCAGAAACAGUUCCGGAGGUGGUCCUGAGCUUUGAGGAGAACUUGCAUCAGAACCGGCUGGCCGAAGCCAGCCUGCAGCUGAUAGCGAGGGAAAAUGCAAUCUUCGGUCCGGGCACCGAUGAAGACUCGGUCGAUGCCGAUGGGAGAGCCAAAGAGACCGACCAACUUCAGAUGGAUUACGAGAUCCUCCAAGUGCGUCUGUGGAUGGUCGUACACGAAACGUUCCAGGACAAGCCAGGUGAGGACAAUCUGGCAGCAUUACGCAGCACCGUAAAUGCGAUACAGCAGGAGGAAGAACAGGACAAACGUUGGCUAGAACCCGAGGGACAACAGGCACCGGAAUGGCGACCGAGGCAGCUUUUGUUGAACCACAACAACCUCGUCCAGAAGAUCGUCGACUCGCGGGUCGAUAAAGCGGAGGAUGAAGAGAAGGGCGCAGACAAAUUAUCUACUGCCCUAAAGAAACAGGUGUGUAAGAUUGGAAAGAGGGUACAAGCUGAUCUCCUAAAAAUCGUGAAGGACGUAAAACAAUGUUACCCCAUGAAACUAGACGUCUGUCAAAUGUACGCCCGCUUGUAUCACCAAGCCUUCUCCAGGCGCCUGCGGGAGUUCACUCAGACCAACUUGGAUGUGGAAGACUGCGCCUACCUUCUUCUCUGGGUCAACAGCUACUUUCCAACGGAUGUGUUGAAGCACAAGGAACUAAAGGAACACCUAGACAGUGAAUCUUUGGGGCCAUUGCUCUCAGAGGAUGACAUCAAGCCUUUAGAGGAGCAGUAUCUGUCAUACAAACAGACUACAGUGAGAGACUGGCUCACCAACGCCCUGAGGACUGAGGAGGAGAGGUGGAUCCGUGGGGAUUGGCCUGAGCUCAUAGACGAAUACUACGUCAGCCAUUUAGCUGUCGACGUCAUUGGGCUGGUGACUCCACUUGCUCAAGAGGCCCAGACUAUUUUGGGUGACGAGGGGAAAGUCAAGAGACUGCAGUGCCCGCUGGAAGACUUCUUAGUACGCUACAAGAAAGCUUUAGAGGAUUUUUCGAAAGGACGUCGGGAGACUUCAAGAGCAGUUAUGAAGGCUAAUCUUGUCAGCAUUGAGCAGUUCAGGGAGUUUGUGGACAAAAAAGAGAAGCUUUUCAAAGAGCAGACCAGGACCCCCUGCUUAUCUAUAUUGGCCAAACUCAGGGACUACUGCCACUCGUAUUUCCUGUGUCCGAUACUGAAGGAACUAAAGGUGCACUGUCGUUGUCUUUGGACGCCCGCUUGGUUUGCGGGGAAGCAAGGCGUUCCAAACGAACUAGUGGGGAUCCUGGAAGGACAAAGCUACGAGUUCAGGGACCUCAAGCCUAUCUGCAGAGAGGAGCUACUGGGACAGAUCCACUUUGAGGUGAUCACGCUGUAUGUGAAGAAGCUCCUCAAAAGGAAGAUCAAGCUGAGGGACCGCGAACAGCAGGAAGCUGGCGCCACACUCCUGUGUGAGGACAGCAAGAAACUCAACACACUGUUCACUGACAUGGGCUCUAAGAACGGCUGGCUGGACAAGGUCAUGUGUGAUUUGGCGGAGGUGAUCAGACUGCAGGACCCAGGAGCCAUCCAGCUGGAGGUCGUCACUCUGGCCAGAGAGCACCCUGACUUCGGUGACAAGCACGUCUCUGCCCUGUUGCAUCUGAAAACCCACCUCACGUCAAUGGAGAUUCGCCGGAUUCGGGAGAGCCUGGCAGAGAACCGAGGCACCUCUAGCGAGAGACCCGCUCCUGUUUUCUUCACCAAGGUUCCUGUCAAGUAGUUGGAGAAAAGCAAGCCCCCUGCCUUUACUAUGUGAUUUACUCAGUUGUAGUCUCUAGUACCUAGAAAGGCUAAUGAUUUGAUAAAUAAACAGAUGUUUAUUUCAGUUAGCUGCUGGAGAUAAUAUUAAUAACCUGUUGAUACUGAGCUGUAGACUAAUAAUGACUAAGGGGAUGUAACAUUUUGCGUUUCAACAAAGCUUAGUCACUUUAAGUCCUCACAUCAACAGGUAUGAAAGUCUACUGGUGAAACUGUAAAAUGUCCAAGAUUUGACACCAUGUCCCUUGGCAUGACACAGUCAUUACAUUAUUAGUGAUGAUGGGUAACGUACCACUUAAACUCUUCAUACGAAUUUACUUUUACAAAAUCUGACUAAAGGUAAUUUCAAUAGCUGAAAUGUUUAAUGUAUAUAAUGUGGAGCUCAUAACUGGUCAAUUGUGAUAUAUGACCAUUGAUAAAUAGAGACAAAACAAAAAUGAAACAUUAAAUCGUUCUCUUUGAAGAGUGACAGAAGAUAGCUUUUAGCAGGCUAUCCCGAAGCCUUGCCUUGUCAGCAAUUUUAGUUCAUACCCUUGUGUGCAUUAUUUGCUGAAAUUCUCCUCACAGUCUAACAGCAAUCUGCACAACGUCCAACCUAUCAAGACAGGGAGAUAUGACAUUGGUUUCCAUCACCACUAACUGUGGCAAUUGACCAGGCACUAAUCAAACACACAGGAUGCAGUGAGACAAACAAGAUGUUUGUUUUGUUUCCUGAGACAUUGUGGGGUGGGGCCUUGAACGUUUCUGUAUCAUUUCCCUGAUACACUGACCCAUAAUGGUGACUCGAGCUCAGGGCUACUCACGAGGCUUCAGGCGGAAAAGCCUCUUGCCAGCUGUCAGGAGAGCUUGGCAUUCCCCAGAAGCAGGGAGAUUUGUUUACCUUAUUUUCCGACCCCUACUAAAAGCUGGUGCGUGGGCUGAUGGGCCCUCGCCAGAAACGCAAACGGAUCCCCCUAUUCAGUGUGGAGGAGUAGAAGGUUGCUAAUUUACUGCAAAAGUCCCUUCUAACUUUUUUGCCCACAUGGUCUGGGAAUUCUCCACGCAGGAAGGUGCUUGUUUACACCCUGUUUCUGUUUGAGUGGUCCUGGUCAGUUGGUGGGUGCUGCAGUUUCCUUCAGUCAGUGAAUGGCUGUUCUACGAGGCCCAGACUAGUCGCCACCAAACUACAGAACAGUGAUUUCUUCUCUGUUUUGUAAGUUUGUGUGUGUGGCUGUUGUAAGGUAAUUCAAGUAAUUAAAGUAAAAAAAAAGUUGUUUGUCAUACAACUCCUUUUUUUCUGCAUAGCUGAAAUGCAACUGCAGCAUGCAUAAUCAUGUGAUACCCUGAAUAAUUCACUGCUGGAGCGAUUGAAAUGGUCUGUCUUGGUUGUUAUGACGACAGGCGCUUGUACCGGACAGAUUGCCCAGUCGGUGGUGUAGAAAGACUCGUGAACGUGAAUUGAUGGCGGAGAGAGACGCUGUCCCGAAACACUGCUCUCCACUUCACUGCUGUCUCAACUUCUUUCAACUCCCAUCGGCUCUUAG